AUGCAAAAUACUCCUGAAAUGUAUAAUAAAGCUAGUAAGCCCACAAGCAUAGAGUCAGCAAACGUUAAGAAUUCGAUUUCCUUGAUAAUAAAUGAGAACAGAGAGAGUUUAAAAGAGCCUGAAAAUGCAAAAAAACCAAUAAAAAAAAGCCCAGGAAAGGAGAAAAGCUUGCUUAAUUCUCAAAUAAGCACCCCUACUAAUGAUCUCAACAAUAAACCAAAGGAAACAGAAAGCGCUUUAAACCUUAUAGACACCUUAAGAAAUAAAAGAGCUGAGAUUUUGAGUAGAGCAAACAAUCCAGAAUUAGAGAUAGAUUUCAGAGCAACUUGCUCAGCAAUUCAGGUCGAUUCUACUCUUUAUGAUCCACCACUAAUGCAAGCUUACCAAGCUUAUAUUAAUGCUCAUCAGCAAAAGACAUGUCUUUAUACUAUUACAGAAAAUGUUGAUAACAACAGAAAUAACUUAAUUAUUUAUAACACUGAAACUGAAACAGAAGAAGCCGAAUUCUUGGAGCUUCCAGAAUCAGUAGACUGAGGCACUUGCAUAGCUCAAAUUCCAAAUGGCAAGCUAUUCUGUUUUGGUAAAGCUAAUCCAGUUUCUGGAAUUACAGUUCUAAUUGAUAUGAAUGGUGGAAUCGAAGUGCUGCCAUCUGGAACAGAAAAAUCGUCUUUAUUUUUAAAAAUUAAGUACUCUCUCUUCCUUUAAAUAUCCAUAAAAUGGUUUUACUCUCAUUUAAAUUUCAACUCUAACGAACUCAAUCUAACACUUCUUAAAAGAAAUCAAUAAGAAAUAGCCUCCAUCUGGAACUCCUUGCUAUUGAUCAUCAUGUAUGCUGGUUUUAAAGAAUGAUUAUUGCAUAUAUAUAAUUUUUUGAAGCUGCAUAUUGAUGAUAUAAAUGAUAUGGUAUGUGACCAAACUGCAGCUCAUCUUCCGAGUAUUGGCAUUUUAAGAGAGGAAGCUGCACAGCAGGAGAGUGUAUAAAAGAUCCAAUAAUCUAUAUAACCCAUUCCAUCUUUUCUCAAGCCCAACAGAAAAAUAUAAUCCAUCUCCCGCUUUCAUCUCCCAAAAGUUAAAUUCUGUCAGAGACUGCAAUAAAGCAUCAAGGGCCUUAUAUCUAUUUCAACAGCUGCGUCUAUUGCUUUGGAGGAUUAAAUGAUUAUGAUUAUUUAAAUCUAUCUAGUAGAUUUGAUUUUGAUCGAAAUCGCUGAAUCCAAUUAGCUCCAAUGCCACAAGCUGAUUACUGCUGCAAUACUAUAAUAUUUAAUCGAAAUAUUUUGAUUUCUGGAUGGAAAAAUAGAAAACUUCUGUUAUACUCAAUUGAUAUUGACUCUUUCUCGACAAUUCCUUAUAAGUUUGAAAAGGAGAAUAGAAAGAUCCUGAUAAAUGCAGAGAGACUAUAUUUGAUUGAAUGCCGUGGAUCAAUCUAUGAAAGCGAAAUUGGAAGUUACUCGAAUUGGAGACGAAUUAGAAAAUCAGCAAUCUCUUAUGAUCCUGGUCAAGUUUAUUGCUCAUAUAAUAAAGCAGGAAUAUGCAUCUCAACUAUUUAUGGAUCGUUUAGAGAAUAUUAUUAUUUUAAUUUAAAUCAAAAAAUCAUUAUUGAAGUUGCUUACUAUAAUGAGCAUGUCUCACUUAGAAGAGUAGGUAAAAAGAUUGAAGUAAAAAAAUGAAAUAACCAGAAUUUUAAGCUCGAUCCUUAUUAUCAAGACGAAUGAAAUCUAAAAGAUGUUGCUCUAAGAGUUUUAGGAGAAAAUCUAGAAAUAAUCGAACGCUUAGACGAAAAAAUCAAACUCAAUCCAAGCAAGAUUAAAUAUUACGAUAAAAAAGGCAGCGCUUUUUAUAGAUUAGGAAGAUAUCUAGAAGCAAUCAAAUGCUAUGACAAAGCGAUCAAGCUCAAUCCAUACAACGCUGGCUUUUACAAUGAUAAAGGCAAAGCUUUUAACAGUUUAGGAAGAUAUCUAGAAGCACUCGAAUGCUAUGACGAAGCAAUCAAACUUAUUCCAAACAGCGCUGGCUUUUACAAUGAUAAAGGCAACUCUUUUUAUAGUUUAGGAAGAUAUCUAGAAGCACUCGAAUGUUAUGAUGAAGCAAUCAAACUCAAUCCAAACGAUGAUGAUUUUUACUGGAAGAAAGGAUAUGCUUUAAAUAAAUUAGGAAGAUAUCCAGAAGCAGUAGAAAGCUAUGAUGAAGCAAUCAAAUUAAAUCCAAAUAAUGUCAAAUUUUAUAAUCGUAAAGGCAAUACUCUUUAUGCUUUAGAGAGAUACCAAGAAGCAAAGCAAUGUUAUGAUAAGGCACUCAAACUUGAACCCAAUAAUCCUUUACAUUUCUGCAACCGAGCUAGAGUAUUUAAUAAUCUCAGACAAGAAGAUGCAGCUUUGCAGGACUUUAAUAAGGCUUAUAAUUUGAUGCAAGAAAAUCAAUUAAGUGAUGCUUUCACUGAGGAUGAAUGGAAAUUUUCUCAAAAAGAUAUCAAUUUUAUUAAUGACGUAUUAGGCCGAGACCGUAUUGAGCUGUUCCAAAAAUUGCAGAUUUAG